UUUCUCGUCUUCCUUCUUCCUUCUUCUCUUUCUCUCUUCUUCCUUUUUUCCCUCUCUCUUCUCAUUCGCGCUCCUUUUCGCCUUGACAAGCCUCGAUCGGAGACGAUUCACCGGCAGAAUCCGACAACGGCAAGAUACGACUCAGCCUUCGCACCGCCUCCGUUGUCGUCACCCCGAGACAAGACAUUCCAUCGAACAACAGACGAAGUGAAAGUAUCGGGAUUCGGACAGCCCCUCUCAAGGAUAAUUCAGGGACAACAAUAAAUUCAACAGCUGCGUCGACGGCGGCAUCACGAGGACAGAGAUCACUUCAUCCAGCCGAGGAAACGGAAAUCCAGCCAAGUAAUCCCUCGUCUCUGCGGUCUGCGGCUGCCAUCCGUCCACCCUGCCCAAAAUCCGUCCAUUCUCUCCCCCAUCCAUCCUUCCUUCCCAAAACCUCUCCUCCAACAACGCAACCACCACCCCCUUCCCCGUCCCUCUCGGCCUGAGCCUGGUUUUUUCGCCUCCCCGAAAACUUCGGCUCAAAUGGGCAUCGGGACAUUGCGAAGAUAGCUGACCUAGGAUCUGUAUUAUCCUUUUCAGAUAUCAUCUUUUUUUCUUUUCUCGUUGUGUGCAUCCUGCCGAUCGAUCCAUCAGACCGCCUCCGACAUCGACCGACUCCCUCGACUUCGACCUCGAUUGAAACGAACAUCCACCGUGCUUUGCCCCCGAUUCUACGGUCCGCAAAAGGACCACAGCCAUUGACGCAAUGGCUUCCUCGUCGAGCAACGUCGUCGGCGUGCAUUACCGCGUGGGAAAGAAGAUUGGAGAGGGUUCUUUCGGCGUCAUCUUCGAGGGCACCAACCUCCUGAACAACCAGCAGAUCGCCAUCAAAUUCGAGCCGCGCAAGAGCGACGCCCCCCAACUGCGAGAUGAGUACCGCACGUACAAGAUUCUCGUCGGGUGCCCCGGCAUCCCCAACGUUUACUACUUCGGUCAAGAGGGUCUGCACAACAUACUCGUAAUUGACCUCCUCGGUCCCUCGCUCGAGGACCUCUUCGACCAUUGCGGUAGAAGGUUCACGAUCAAAACCGUUGUCAUGGUCGCCAAACAGAUGUUGUCUCGUGUGCAAACCAUCCACGAGAAGAACCUCAUCUACCGUGAUAUCAAGCCCGAUAACUUCCUUAUCGGUAGACCAGGCACCAAGGCGGCCAACGUCAUCCACGUCGUCGAUUUCGGCAUGGCUAAGCAGUACCGCGAUCCCAAGACGAAGCAACACAUCCCUUAUCGAGAGCGAAAGUCGCUGUCUGGAACCGCUCGUUACAUGAGCAUCAAUACCCAUCUCGGCCGCGAACAAUCCCGACGCGACGAUCUCGAGGCCCUCGGCCAUGUCUUCAUGUACUUCCUGAGAGGCGGUCUUCCCUGGCAAGGAUUGAAGGCUGCUACCAACAAGCAGAAGUACGAGAAGAUCGGUGAGAAGAAGCAGACCACCCCCAUCAAGGAUCUCUGCGAGGGCUUCCCCGACGAGUUCAACAAGUACCUGACGUAUGUGCGGAACCUCGGCUUCGAGGACACCCCUGACUACGACUACCUGCGCGAGCUCUUCACUCAGGCCCUGAAGAACACGGGCGAGGUCGAAGACGGCGAGUACGACUGGAUGAAGAUCUCCAAAGACUCGGGCAAGGGAUGGGAUGCCAUGAAGGGCCAUAACCCCGGAUAUCUUCACAACCCAAAUGCUCGACCCGGCCCGUCCCAGAUGGAACUGCACAGCGGUCAUCGGGGCGGUGCUGCAAACCCCAACAACCCACAGAACCUGACUGUCGGCCGUUUAAACGCCGCGCAACCCCCGCCUCCUUCUCCGAUCAAGCAGAUGGCGAAGUCGAGAGGUCAACCAAACGCCCCCGGCGCCUUGAACGCGCAACGGGGCAGCGGAGUCGGGGGUCUUCGGGACAUGGCCACCCCCACCGGCUCAACUCAGGCCCAGUUUCAGAACAGCAACCGCAAUCUACCCCAGAACGUCCCCCAGCAGACGCCGAUGAACCAGCAGCAGGCCCCUCCUAACGGUCGACCUGCCGAGCCUCAACCCACAGGCUUCCAAAAGUUUAUGAAGGUGUUGUGCUGUGGUUAGGAUCUUGGCUUCUUCUCUUGUUCGUGUUGCCAAAAGACGGCUAAGACUGCUCCCACCACUAUAUAAACUCCUACUGGACACACUUGCCAGAUGCCGGAUCGAUGUUUGAGUACACUCAGGCUGCCACACCUGGUUGACGACCCCCAAACACACACCACUCUCCCCUAUGUCCGCCAUUCUUCAUCUCUUCCGACAAAACUCAUUCAUCCUCGAGCUACACUUUUUUCCGCAUGACGACCACGGAGUGGCACACAGUUGCUUGCACACUGGCUGCUCCGGGAUAAUGACGAACACACUAGCCUUUCUUUCGGUUCUUCUCUUCAUCCACGCUAUGACGUUGUUUCUCCAGGAACCGUUACAGGGCAUCAUAAAAAUCACUGGCAUGGAAAUCUCACCUUGGGAAUUGGGACCUUCUUAAACCAAGAACUUUCUGUUUCUAAGGAGGGAAACAAAAAACAUACAACUUGAUAAUGUACAGCGCAGCACGGCGCAAGGCGGUUGCAGGGGUUUUUAGCAUUGGGUCAGGUUCUGCGGCACGUUUUCGUUGAGUUGAUAAUAGGGCUGGCUGUGUCCGGCCCAGCUUGGGGCGAACGCGCUGUUGAGGGAGGAGGCUGAGGACUACAAGAGUGGCAGCCAGGGGAUGUUGCGAAAGGAGUUGUGUGGAGGCUGAUAGACAGAGAGAGGGAUAC